AUGAAUGAAGAAAUAGAUGAGUAUGAAAUUUACCAUCAAGAUUUUACAACAGCGUCAGAGUGGGAAGUAUUAAUUGCACGUUUGGAAGAAGUUAUUGUUGAAUGGCAUUUGGCUAAAUCCAAAAUAACAAAAAAGUGUUCAGAGUUUACAAAGAAAUGGACUGUUAAAUCUGAGGAAAUCAGGUUUCGUUCUUUAAAUUUUACACUCUCAUACUGUUAUCAAGAACCGGUUAAAAUACUGGACACUGAUAUAAAUUCAGAUGAACAGUCGUUAUUGACAGACUUGCAUGAAAGUCUUUGGAACUCCACAACAAACUUUAUGGGAGAUACUGAAUGUACACCUUAUCCGGUAUCAAAUUGGUUUGGUUUGAAAAGAUAUCUGAUGCUAUGUCCUAAAACGCCUCUAACUGAUGGAAGUAUCAUUAAACUUGUAAUGAGUUCCGUUAAUAUAGCCUUUGCAAAUGUUGAUUGUGGUGUGCCCUUCUUCGUUAAGAUAAGAGAGCAUUGGCAGCAAACUUUUUUAGGUAUUUACGAAGAUAAUGACUAUAAAAUUAGUUUUGAUACAAUACAUUUGAAAAGAAUAUCAAACCAGUGUUCUUAUCUGAGCGGGCUUGUAAGUUUAUUCAAGUCCAAAAUAUCAUCACCAGUACCUCUUGAUGCUGUUGUUAUAUCAACAAAAUUUUCUUAUGAAUUGAAAGACUCCGAUGCUUUUGCUUGGAGGAAAAGAACUCAAUCAAAUGAGUUUUUAUCUAUCGAUGGAUUUGAUGUUAGGAAAUUGACUGAACUGCCAUUUGGUUCGGAAAAGAAUCCUCUGCAUAGUGCUUUACUUAACGCAAUAUGGCCACAUUUUAGGGAAAGUGCUAUUGUUGAUUCAUCUACAUUUUCUGAUAUUGAUCCCUUAAUGGCACCUACUUGGACUAUUACUCUGAAACUUAGGAAUAACAUAAACUGUCAAUUAUCAGAUAUUAUAGGAAAAGUGAUGGAUUUAUUAGACAAUAAUACUCUAAUGAUGGAUAUUCUGGGUUUGAGUAAGAGUUUGGGCUUGGUUAACCCAUUGAACAGGAUAACCGAGGCACCUAUCACAAUUUCUAAAUUGGUGAAAGCAGCAGUGGGACGCAAUAGUCAUAUUUCUGAGUUUAAGGGCCCGAUAACUGAUGACCUUUUGAUGCCUUUACUGUAUUAUGUGUUCCCCGAUGCUGUGGAAGACCAUACAUUCCCAUAUUCUAAAGGAUUGGAUAUAGAAACCAGAAGGGAUAGUACCGACUCAAAAUUAUGCAGCUAUGUUAAAACAAGUCCUGAAGAUGGUUUGGUUUGGAGACUAUCAGUUACUUCGGCUCGUUUAAUGGAGGCCGGUGGAUUGCCUUACGUUGCACAUUUCUGGUAUGAGUUCACCCAAGAACUGCAGUAUCGAUGGGAGCAUAGAAUUCUAUUAUCGGGUGAAUCUAUGACAUUUAUUGGCAAAUCUGAGAUUUUUCAUGGUUGUGACGAUCCUGUUGAAGAUGAGUGUGGUUAUGGCGUUUGCACCAGAAAGUGCACGCUUUCUCACUGUUCAGGGGCUGCGAGCAGUGUUCGCACAAAAUAA